AUGCUGAUGACAAAAGCAUUAAUAUUAUUAUCCAUCAUUUUAAUAGGCAAAACAGUGAAAAGUCAAAUUGGAUGUACAUUUGAUCGUCCAUUAUUGGGUGAAUAUUAUUCAUAUGAAAAUGGUCUUGAAGCUCAUACAUCAUUAAAAGAAAAUGGAGAUAUCGAUAGACUUUUUUAUCGUCGAGAAUCGGGUCGUGGUGCUACUGCUAAUAUAAUAACAGUUCUUGAUAAUCAUGCUAUUGGAGAAUGUUUUAAUCUUAUUUGGAGAGAAAAUCCUUUUGAUCAUGCUUCAAAACAUCAUUUUGAACUUAUUUAUAGAGAUAAAGAAAAAUCGUGUUAUCAAUGUUAUGAACUAUACAAUCGAACACGAAAUGUUCUUCAAAUACGAACUAGUGAAUGUAAUGAAAUAACAUCAAUUGUAACAAAUCAAAUUAAUUUUCAAGAUCUUUGUGCAAGUAUUAAUCAAGAUGCUGAUUUUGAUACAUUAUUUUUAAAAACAUAUUCAGCUGAAGAAUGUCGUGCAACAAUCUAUGGAACAUAUCAUUUUACAUAUGAAUUUCGUGAAGGUGGUAUUGGCAUUUGUGAUAAUCCAAUAUCACGUUUAGUUUCUUGUCCGGAUCCUGGAACUCCAUUUGAAGCUGUUAAUGAACGUUUUUGGAUGACAUAUGGUUAUUGUCGAGAUCUUGUUUCAUCAAUUGAUGCUCAACCACUUUAUCAAUGUUUGGGUUAUUGGAUUAAUGAUAAAGGAGAUAUAUUUACUGGUAUUGCUAAUGAACGUGUUGGAUCAGAACGUUGGUAUGAUAAAUUUCGUUGUAUGUUAACACGACAAGAUCAACCACAAUGGUUUGCUAAAUCUUUAUUUGCUGAAUGCGCUCGACUUUAUUCACCAACAGAUGGACCAGAAAAAGUUAUUAUAUCACCAAUUAUUCCCGAAGUUCCAACACCAACUUGUUUUUUUCCAGAUAAUUUUACUGGUGAAUGGGUUAAUACAGCUAAUGUUAAUGCAAGAACAAUAAUUAAUGCUACACAUAUACAUGAAAUAUCACAAGUUAAUAAUCGUGGUUGGUUAAGAGAAACUUAUUAUGUUUGUCAACAAAUAAGUCGACAACAAUUUUUAGUUAAAACAGUUACUAAAGGAGAAUGUUUUUCAUAUUAUAUUUGUUUUGAUUUUAA